UUAUAAUAUCAAUUGAAGACAAAAAUAAUCAAGCAAACGAGAAUAACGAGGGAAGAAGAAACAUCAUACUAGCUUCCGUUCAUCUGAUCUCAGGCUCGUUGAGGUUUGGUCUUGAAUGCUAUAUAUACGCGUAUACCUGCAGAGCUCAUGUGGAUUUAAAUCUCAAACCAACCAAACAGAUAUGGCUUCCCAUGACCACACUCUUUGUCUUCUUCUUCCUCUGCUCUUCAUUAUCUUCAUCUCUUCCUCACACGUUUUGCUUGUUUCAUCCACACCUUCACACAAACUAGAAUCCGUCAUCACCAUCAGAAAAGUCAACCGCAGAGGACCUUACAUCGGCCUCGUGACAGUCUUUGAGACUGAAGAAGAUGCUUUUCUCGGCAGUGUCGAUUUCAGACCCGACCCUAGUCAUCCCUUCUUGGAUCUCUCUGGAAGACGUUUUCGGAUUGGAAAGAUUCAUGGCAAGAAGGUUGUGUACGUCAGAUGUGGCAUAGGAAUGGUGAACGCAGCAGCAGCAACACAACAGAUGUUAGAUGUGUUCAACGUGAAAGGGAUCGUUCACUUUGGUAUUGCAGGAAAUAUAAACAACUCAAUGUCCAUUGGAGAUGUGAGCAUUCCUAAGCAAAUCACCAAUGCUGGCUUGUGGGAUUGGCUGAAUCCAGACAAAGCAAAGGGAGGUGAGGAUGUAGCGUACUUAGAUGUUGGGAACUAUAAUGUUCCACAAGGAGAUGGCAAAAAUGAGCUAGGGACUAUUGGAUAUAGUUCCGAGGAAUUAUAUUCAGUCAAUGGUCCUAUCAACUCACCUCAGAAAGUGUUUUGGAUAAACACAACUCAAGAGUGGCUUCAUCUUGCAGCUGGUCUAGAGAAGAUUGAGCUAUUGCAGUGUGUGAACUCAACUUUGUGUCUUCCAGAGAAACCAAAAUUGGUGAUUGGAUUGAAAGCAGCCACUGCUGACAUAUUUGUGGAUAAUGCAGCCUAUAGAAAUUUCUUAUACAAUUCUUUUGGGGUUUCUUCCUCAGAUAUGGAGAGCUCUGCAGUGGCUAUGACGUGCGUGUCAAAUGGGUAUCCAAUCAUUGUGAUAAGGGGACUAUCAGAUUUAGCAGGAGUGGGAGAUAACACUGUUAGAAAGUUUGGAUCAUUGGCUGCCACUAACACUGCCAAAGCUGUUUUAGAGUUCAUUAAAAAGCUCCCACCGUACCACAAGACUAAUCCCUAUGUGUAACCUCUUGUUAAUUAUGAAUGUUUGAAACUGCAUUUUUUAUUAUUAAAUAAGCAAAGCAACAAAUGUUGCUGUUGAUUACA